ACCAUCCAGGACCGACAUGUCGCUCACCUCCAUCCUCUCAGCCGAGGCCAUCGAAAAUGCUGUCAAGGACUGUCAAGCUCCAGACUCAUUCUGCUACAAGAAGUUCUUCCAGCUGUGCGGCCUGUCCUCGAAGACACCCGAGGAGGUCCGAGACGUCUUCCGGCUCCUGGACGAGGACAGCAGCGGCUACAUCGAGGAAUCCGAGCUCAAGUACUUCCUACAGCGGUUUGCCCCCGGGGCCCGGACGCUGACCGAAGCAGAGACCAAGAGCUUCAUCUCAGCGGCCGACGACAACAACGACGGGCGGAUUGGAGCAGAGGAGUUCCAAGCUAUGGUCCUGUCCUGAGUUCGGAGGA